AGUUAAAUUACAUAAUAAUUUUUAUAGAAAUCAUAAUCGAAAGAAGUUGUUUUUAUUUUUUACAUUUUAGAUAUAAUUUUGGAACUAAUAUCGGCCAUAUUUAAACAUAUUGUUGAAAAUAAGCUUAAAUAUUUUACUGUCAUGAUCUCAGAGACAAUACAAUUAUAAACAAUUCAGUAUUAAAAAAUAAAUUAUUUUUUUAUAAUAAAGAUACCAUGAAAAUUUGUCUCAAGUUUUUGCUAUAUUGUUAUGGGAAUUCCCACUGUAGAAAAAGUACUAAAUGUCUACCAAGGCACCAUCUAUUAUUUAACAAGUAAAUUUAUGAAUAAAACAACAACAAAUACACUUUACGCAAUAAUAAAAUUUAUUUUCUUAAUCAUCCUUCCUUUUUCUAAAGCUAUUUCAGUGCGAUAAAAAUAAUAAGUGAUAUUAUUGUUAUACGCCUGAAGCGUAGAAACAUGUUGAUGUCAUAUGAUGCAAGGGUAUAAAGUGACGGUUAAACGAAAAGAAUAAGAAAUUCUAUGACCCCGCAAAAUUUUUGAAAUGGAUGAUUUAUCGGAAGAUAAUAGUUCUGACAGUAGUGAUGAGUUUCUGGUAGAUCCAGAUAAAAUUAAUUUAAACUCCACCUUUUACACGGAUAAACAACUUAAAGCUAAUGUCGCUACACAAGAGAAUGAUACUGAUGAUGAUGAUGAUGAUAACUCGGAAAACGAAGAUUUCGAAGAUGUCAGUCAAACUGGUAACAUUGAGAUGUUCACACAAAUCCUAAAAAAUUUAGAAAGUAUAAAGAACCUUGAAUUUAAUGAUGACAACGUCGAAAAAGAGGAAGCGGUGCCUGAUUACAUUCUACCACCAAAGAAAGAAGCAAAGGUACUGGUACCGAAGAAAGAAUUGAACACUGCAUCAUCUAAUGAAAUUACUGAACUUCUGUUGCAAGGAGAGACCAGUGGAGUUUCUUCCACUAAAAAAGGAUUUAAAAAUAAAGUGGUAAAGGAAGAAGAAGAAGAUGUAGAAGAUAUCCCGGAAUAUACAAUCCCAAAGGAUGGCGUUAAAAUUACUUUACCUGGUACCAGUUUAAUGUUAAACAGAAGGAAAAAGAGAGGUAAAGAUUUGAAAGCAAUUCUAAGAAGACGAUUGAGAACCAGUCAAGUGUACAUAGAAAAAGUAGGUUUACUCUGUUGGCUGGCUUAUGGAUUUUAUUUAAACCGCCAAGUAAAUGAGCCUGAAAUAAUGUCAACUGUUUUGUCUUUAAUGUCAUCUGAGAAUUAUCCAAAGAAUAGGAUUGAUCUCAAAUAUUUGGAAAAAUUUACAAAAUGGUUUAAACAUUUAUUUACAUUGGAAGUUGUUGAAGGCAAUGACAAUGAAUGCAUUAAUAAAGAAAGUUUGUUAAAGGUAUUGCAGGAGAAAAAGAUUUCUGAUUACAGAGAGUUGGUGGUGUUGUAUGUUGCUAUAUUGAGAGCUUUAGGUUUACAUUGCCGUUUAGUUAUAUCACUUUGUCCACCUCAUAAGGCAUUAAGCGAUGAUCCAAUAUUUAAAGUCCUUUCAAAUGGGGAGCAAGAUAAGACCAAGAGUAAGUCAGGUAAAAUUAAGAAAAAAUCUGUUUCAAAAUUGAAUAAGGAAGAAACUCCUGAAAAGGCAAAAGUGGUUCAAAAUAGUCCAGAAGCAAAAAAAAAUGCCAAUAUAGAAGCAAAGAAAAGGGCAGCAGAAGUUUUACAAUCAAAACUGCAAAAUGAUAGUAAAAAGAGAAAAUCUAAUAAUGCUAAAGACUCUAAGACUACAAAAGAAGCAGCGAAAGAUUCUAAUGCUAGGAACACUGAAAAAAGUGAACCUAAAGCAGUAAAAAAUGAGAAAAACAUGUCUAACUUAAGGCAGCUUAGAUCUCAAAAAGUUAAUGUUUCAUCUGAUAAUGAUGAAUCUAAGAAAUCCACAUGUCUAAAGAGUGAUGGUACAAAAUCAAACUAUUACAUAGAGGAAGAUUCUACAAAUUCCGAGGCGGAAUUUCAUCCGAAAAAGAAAGUUGUGACACAAAAAAAAUCGAAUGACAGUAAAGAAGAAAAAGCAGGAAGUUCUAAAAAUAGUAAAAAAACUAAUAGAAAACUACUAUCCAGCGACAGUGAAAAUGAGGAAACGGAUAAAACGAGAAAAACUCCAGACCUUUGGGCUGAAAUAUACUUAGAAUCGGAAGAAAGUUGGAUAUGUGCAAGUAUAAUGGAAGAAAAAAUCCAUUGCAUAUCUGAAAUAUAUAAAAAAGCAAAGAAACCUGUGUUAUAUAUAGUAUCAUGGAACUCUAAUGGCUUAAUAAAAGAUGUGACUAGACGUUAUUGUCCACAUUGGCUCACAGUUACACGCAAGCAACGCGUUGACGAGAAAUGGUGGAUGGAAACACUGUCUUAUUGGAAAGAAAAAGAUACUGCAAUUUCUAGAGCUGAAGACCAAAUGCUUUUAAACAAAGAAUUGGAGCAACCUUUACCUAAAACUAUUGGUGAAUGUAAAGGGCACCCGUUAUAUGUUAUUGCAAGACAUUUACUGAAAUUUGAAGCAUUAUACCCUCCAGAUUGUGUACCAUUGGGUCAUACUUCCACAGGUGAAGCCAUUUACUCUCGUUACUGUGUACACACCCUUUGCUCGAGAGAAACGUGGCUAAAAAAAGCUAGAGUUGUGAAACCAAACCAGGAACCCUACAAAAUAGUCAAAGCUCGUCCAAAAUAUGAUAAGUUGUCUGGAACAAAAAUUAGGAACUCGAUGUUAGAAAUAUUUGGCGAGUGGCAAACAACGGAAUACGAACCACCUGUAGCCAAGGAUGGUAUUGUUCCACGGAAUGAAUAUGGGAACGUAAAUUUGUUCAAACAAUGUAUGCUUCCAAAGGGUACUGUUCAUAUAAAUCUUCCAGGAUUGAAUCGAGUUGCUAGAAAGUUGAAUAUUGAUUGUGCACCAGCUGUUGUGGGUUUCAACUUUGGAUCUAUGGGUGUAGUACCUGCACUCGAAGGGUAUGUCGUUUGUUCCGAAUUUGAAGAUACGUUAAGAGAAGCCUGGGAAGCUGAGCAAAUUGAAGCUGCUAAGCGAGCUGAAGAGAAAAGAGAUAAAAGGGUUUACGGAAAUUGGAGAAAACUGAUUCGAGGUCUGCUCAUAAGGGAACAACUGGCAGCUAAGUACGAUUUCUCGCAGAAAAGAGAACCAGUGGCAACUAACAAGCGAACGAAACACAAAAAUACGGACACGAAAAAAACGAAAGUGUCCUAAAAACUCCGUCGUGCAUGUACCAUUUGUAAAAAGUAUUUAUUAAUAUUAUGGAUGAUUUUUAUUAUUAGAUUAUAGGAUACUUUAUAUCCGGCUCACAGGUUUAACGCAGCAUCCUUUGAACUGUUCAAGUUUUCUUAAAUUAAAUGUAUAAAAUGUAAAAAGGAUACAUUAUAUCCGGCUCAAAGAUUUAAGGCAGCAACCUUUGAACUGUUCGAUUUUUCUUAAAUUAGGUAUAUAAAAUGUAAAAAAUUAUGUAGAGUGUAUUGUCGAAGUAAAUUCCCCUCAGGGGCCGUGUGGCGAUCACAGUUCGGAAAGUGGCGAUCCCGGGGUCCUUAGCUAGGGUCUAACCAACCCUUGGUGUGGACGAGACACCUUGAUAUGCCGAGUGC